AUGUUUAGGGUUUCUGGAAGACGUUUAGCAGCUGUGACUCGUAGUGUUGCAAGCAGGCGUACGCUUGCAUCGUCUGCUACCCGUGGUGUUGUGGGAAUGGAAGCAUUAGCGACGGGAUCUACUUCUGCUCUAAGGAAUUUGGCAGUAAGAGCUCCUUUGGUUAGCAAGAGAGGCUUGAAGCAAAUUAGCUUCGGUGGCACUACUGAGCCUGUUUAUGAACGUGCUGAUUGGCCUAUUGAGAAAUUGAGGGAAUAUUUUAAGAAUGAUACUUUGGCGUUGAUUGGGUACGGUUCUCAAGGCCAUGGCCAGGGCUUGAAUUUGCGGGACAAUGGCUUAAAUGUGAUCGUUGGUGUGCGUAAGGACGGUGCUUCAUGGAAGGCAGCAAUUGAGGACGGAUGGGUCCCUGGUAAAAAUCUAUUUGAGGUCGAAGAUGCAGCCAAGCGUGGAACGAUUGUUAUGAAUCUUCUUUCGGACGCAGCUCAGUCUGAGACCUGGCCAAAACUACAACCAUUGCUAACAGAGGGCAAGACCUUGUACUUCUCACAUGGGUUUUCUCCAGUGUUCAAGGAUCUUACUCACGUAGCUCCUCCAACAAACAUCGACGUUAUCCUUGUAGCUCCAAAGGGUUCUGGUCGUACCGUGCGCAGCUUAUUUAAAGAGGGUAGAGGAAUUAACUCCUCAUACGCUGUCUGGAACGACGCUACAGGUAACGCACACGAGAAAGCACAAGCUCUUGCCGUGGCUAUCGGUUCCGGUUACGUUUACCCAACAACCUUCGAGAAAGAAGUCCUUUCAGACCUUUACGGUGAACGUGGUUGUCUAAUGGGUGCCAUUCACGGUAUGUUCCUUGCUCAGUACGAGGUUUUACGUGAAAAUGGUCACUCACCUUCCGAGGCCUUCAACGAGACUGUAGAAGAGGCCACGCAGUCACUCUAUCCACUCAUAGGACAGCGCGGCAUGGACUACAUGUAUGACGCAUGUUCCACAACUGCUAGAAGAGGUGCCCUUGAUUGGUACCCAAUUUUCAAGGAUGCGUUGAAACCAGUUUUCCAAGAUCUUUAUGCAUCAACUAAGAAUGGAUCAGAAACGAAACGUGCUCUAGAAUACAAUUCUCAGCCAGACUACAGACAAAAACUAGAAUCUGAGCUUGAUACCAUUAGAAAUCUAGAAAUCUGGAAAGUAGGUAAGGAGGUGCGCAAACUAAGACCUGAGAACAACUGA